AUGGGUUCUCCUGGUAGUUCCGCUGCUGCCCUUGCAAGUAGUAACAGUCAGAACGGGAUCGCAGCGCGCCAACAGCUGAUGCACCACCUUCACGAGCUGCGCGCGCUUCUAGCGGAAGUCCCUUGCGACGCCGCGGCGGCGCCGGCCGCACAUUGCGGCGCCAACGGUGCCGAGACCAUCGCCACCGGCCCAGCUCUCGCGGGUGAUGCGCCGCGAACUCCGCAGCCAGCGGGAGAGCAAGCAACGGCGGAGUAUCGGGACGGGCCGCGGCAGCGACGCGAGAAGGAUGAUCAAGUUGAUCAUCAAGCCGCCGGUGAUGCGUUGACGGAGGAGCAGCAGCGGCAGCGCGGGUUGGAGCUGCUCGGCGCGCUGCUGCCGAUGCUGGCGACGGCGUCCAAGUCUGCCGCUGCGAACCUGGUGCGACUCGGACUCGGGGGCGCCACGACCGCCGCCGCCGCCACCACCACCACCACCGACGCCCAUGCUGCCGCUGGCCCCGCUACUGUGAAUGCUACUAGCGCGGGUGCUGCGGGUGAUGUGAAACCUGAGCCCGUCUCGCCUCCGCUCUCUCCCGUUGUAUUCUAUGAUGACGCGCAAGAGCCUGCGCCAACCGCUAUUGUCAGCUGCGACGGCGGUCACAGGUCCGCCUCCCCCGAGCACACCUCCCCCCGACUCGCUGAGGCGGAGCUUGCCACGGACGAGCAGCGCCCUCCACCGAUCUCAACCGUGAGAAACGCGCCAGACGCGUUUUACCACAGCACAGCGCUGCCGCAGCUGUCCCCGAUAGAGAUGUUCGCGUUUGGAGGCGACAGCGCCAUGCCCUGGUGCUUCCAGCAGUAUGGCGGCAGCAGCAGCGGCGGCGGGAGUGGUGGCGGUGGUGCUGCUGCUGGGCAGUAUUCGGGUUCUGGUGCAGCGGCGCAAGAUCUGAUGCAGUUUCUGCCAGUGCGAGGGUUGAGUGUAGAGGCGCCAGAGCAAGGGGACUUCUUGGCAAAGGUAGAGGAGGAUAUGGCUAUGUUACCACUCGACACUCAGUCACAGCAGCAGCAGCAGCAGCAGCAGCAGCAGCAGCAGCAGCAGCAGCAGACGGCUGGAUGUUACUCAUCUCAGGACUAUCCCAAUGCCCCAGGCAGCACCCAUGCCAGUGCCCAUCCCACUGCCCAUCCUCAGCGCAGCCUGCCUCUAAAGCUUCGCCCACUGAGGCUCCCAGAGUCCUCCUGCUGGCCCGGAGAAGAGGAGAGGGACGCAGAGACGUAUACCCCAGGCCCUGCCUCUCCUUACUCGCCUUGCACCUCUGCACCACACUCGACGGAUGGGCGACCGUUCUUUCCCUCCUCGGGAUAUGCACUUCAAGAUGUGUCCGCCGCCGCGCCAUCUCCCUCGCUUCCUGCUGUUCCAGCUGUGAUAUCGGUGCCUCUGCCGCUCAGCCCAGCGCCAAGGAGAGCGCGGUUAACUCCUCCCACUCGAUCGCCGUCCCCGUUGCCGUCCCGAUUGAUGUCUCGGGACGGAUACCAGUGGCGCAAGUAUGGGCAGAAGACCGCCAAGGGUGCCAAGUUCCCCCGCGCUUAUUUCCGCUGCGCUCUGCCCGGCUGCCCUGCGAGGAAGACGGUGGAGCUGGCUGAAGACGCUGCUUCCACACGAGUGGUGUACCGAGAGGAGCAUUCCCAUGCUGGCGCCAGUACCGCCGCUGCUGGUGCUGCUGGUGGUGCUAGUCCUGCUGGAUCGUCUGCUGCUGCUUUGGAAGCUGCGGCUGCGGUGGUACAUGGAGGGCCGGUGACUGGGAGCCUGGAUAGCCAUCUGAGCAGCAGCAGUGGGAGCAUCAGUGAAGAUAGCAAGCAGCAGCAGCAGCAGCAGCAGCAGCAGCAGCAGUAUCAGCAGCAGCAGCAAGCGCAGGUGCUGCCUGGCCAAGGCUUACCCACCACUUGGUCUUCUGCCCUUGCAGCAGCUGCUGCCACACGGACAGUCAGAGCAGGCGAAGGAGGCGGAGGAGGGGGAGGAGGGGGUGGGGGAGUGUGGGGAGGAGGCAUGUGCGGCAACAAGAGGCAGCGAGAACCAGAGGAGAGUGACCCCCCUUGCCACAUGGAAGAGGAGGGGGGGAAUGCAGAGCAGUAUGGAAGCACUCCAAGCAACCCUUGCAAGAGGCAGAAGCGCGCGCGCCCGGCGUCUAUAAUCACGCGGCCGAAAGGCUCGGCAGUAGCGGGGGGAGAAGGAAGAACCGCUGUUGGUGCGGCUGCUGCUGUUGAUGCUGCUGCUGCUGGUAGUUUCGAUAGUGGGACAGGUAGAUGCACGAUGGAGGAUUACAACGGUGAGACGAUCAGACUCGCCAUUUCUACUGGACACGGGGAACCGCCCGGGUCCGUAAGCGCCUUAUUAACAGGAUUGAAAGGCGUGGGCAAGUGGGCGGUGUUUGAGACAGUGGCGCCCUUCACGACGUCCAUGCUGGCUGAGGCGGUGGAUGGCAUGCUGGGCACUGUGGGAGGCAGCUUCAGCAAAGAGAGUGGGUACUACGUGGCGCUGGACUUUGGGUCGGAGCAGCAGACGUUCUGGCUGCAGAUCGACACCACCACGCCCGUCUCCUGGCUCUCCUGCGACUGCACGCAGUGCUCCACUGGCUUCACCACUGGCCCGGCGUCCCCACCAUUCGACCCAGCGGCAUCCAAGACCAACCUGCCGCUCACCUGCGCCGACAAGACCUGUGUCAGCAUGUCCUUCAUCUCAGGAACCGCAGCGGUGGGGUGCGGUAUGGCGCGGUCGCUGCCGGGGGACCCAGACGCGUGUGAGUACGCGCAGCGGUACGGCACGACAGCCAGCGGAGGGAGCGGUGUGAGCGGCGUGACAGCAGGGACCACAGAGGGAAGGUUGCUGUACGAUAUCGUGUGGCUGCCGCUGCGCAACGGGACGCUCUCCAAGACCUAUGUGAUUUUCGGUUGUGGAAGCUACCAGACAGGCAGUCUCUCCGGCGUCUCUCGGGCGCCCGACGGCGUGUUUGGGCUGGGACGGGGCAUCCAGUCGAUCGUGUCAGUGGCAGCAGCGCAGGGCGUGUGGGCAGACUCCUUCGCCCUGUGCCUGGAGGGCGAUCCGUAUGCAAAAGGCAGCUACGUGGUGCUGGGGACGAGCCUGGGGCCCACUGGCGCGCAGUGGACCACCUUCAUUGAGAUUGCCGACAGCUACGUGGUGCUGGGCACGAGCCUAGGGCCCACUGGCGCGCAGUGGACCACUUUCAUUGAGAUCGCUGACAGUCCGCUCUACUUCAUCUACAUCAAGGGUGUGUCAGUGGCAGGCACGCCUCCCUCCCCAAUCUCCCCAGGCUACUUCACACCUCCAAUCACACCUCUCUCCCUUAUCCUUCCUUCCUUCACCCCCCCUUCCCCCUCCUAUCCCAUACAUCCGCUCUACUUCAUCCACAUCAAGGGCGUGUCAGUGGCAGGAACUCUUCUCUCCAUCCCUCCGCGCAACUUCCGCCCGCCCACCCCAACGGGAGAGGGCGGGGCCGUGCUGGACUCCUCAACCACCUUCACGGAGCUGCCAUGGGUCGAACCAGUAGUUACCUGUGAGGGAGAGGGCGGGGCCGUGCUCGACUCCUCCACCACCUUCACAGAGCUGCCAGUAGACGUGUUCCACGCACUCGUCACCGCGGUAUGUGCUCUGGGUUCUGGUCUGGUUAUUGUGGGUCGAACCAGUAGUUACCUUACCUGCAAGGGCGAGGGCGGGGCCGUGCUGGACUCCUCCACCACCUUCACGGAGCUCCCAGUAGACGUGUUCCACGCACUCGUCACCGCGACUGUAGCCGCCUGCAAGGGAGAGGGUGGGGCCGUGCUGGACUCCUCAACCACCUUCACGGAGCUCCCAGUAGACGUGUUCCAUGCUCUCGUCACCGCGGUAUGUCUGCUGUUGGGUGCUGUUGGGUGCAUAGUGGGGGGUCAUCACAGCAUGAUUCUUCCACCACAUUCACAGAGCUGCCAGAGGAGGUGUUCCGCGCACUCGUCACCGCGGUGGUUGAGACAGUGGGAGGGUUCACGUUCAGCAGCAAAGACUCAUCUGCCCACAGCCUCAUAUGCUAUAUCAACAAGGAGAUUGCCACGUAAGGCUGCUGCUGCUGCUGCUGCUGCUGCUGCUGCUGCUGCUGCUGCUGCUGCUGCUGCUGCUGCUGCUGCUGCUGCUGCUGCUGCUGCUGCUGCUGCUGCUGCUGCUGCUGCUGCUGCUGCUGCUGCUGUGCUGCUUCUGUGCCAUGCUUUUGAGACGUGA